GGUACAGAGGCUGGAGUCAGAGGAGGACGACCAGUACAUACUAUCUUGCAGCAGUCCAGGCACUAGUGAGGUGUGUAGUGUUGGAUUUACAUUUAUAUUUAUUAGAAAAUCAUCAUACUCGGUGACAGUACUUUCUUGGAAAAUUUGUAUCUGAUUUAAAACAGUGUGGAGUUGAAGAGUGGAUUUAAAUGUAGGAUUGAUUAUUUUGCUGUUUAAUACUAGAAAGCUUACAGACUGCGUUCGUCAGCUUGGAUAUCCCUGUAUAACAGAUGCUGAAUUCUCCAUCGGCUGUGAACUGUCCAUCUCUCAGAUUCUAUACGGAUAUGUGAAUCACUUGGUGAUUUUGGAGUAGUACUUUAAGAGUGUCUGUUAGUUUAUCAGUGUUAAUUUCUGUGGAUGGUUACCUGGAUCGGGAAACGAAGCUGUCAACUUAUCGCAGAGUUUUAUAACAUUCGGUAGGAUGUUUCACAAGAGGACAAAACGACGACAUUCCAUACUGGACCUAUAGCGGUCAGUUACAGUGUUAUACCAUGUCAUAACCCCACAUCACCAUUCCUUCAUCAGUUGUUCUUGGCAAAAUGAACAAGAUGGCUGCAUUCCAAAACCUCAUCACCACAUUACUGCUUUUCAUCAAUAUUCCUUCAUCUCUCCUGGAGAGAAUAGUUAACCGACCACCUCAUGUGAUCCAGCAGCCGAGCCCCAUACCAUACAGGGACUGUGCCGAAUGUGUCCAGGGUGAUCGCGUCCUGGUGUAUUUUAAAGAGGGCGAUACAAUCACCCUAUUUUGUCAGGCCAAUGGCCUGCCUAUUCCAGAAUACACAUGGACAAAAAAUGGAAAAGAAAUUGAUUUUGAUGCUGUAGAAUAUAUAUCACCUGUUACAAACAUCACUCGGAUAGUAGCUGAAGUUUUCGGUGGUUCAUUAACAAUUGAAGAAACAUCUGAUUACGAUGUUGGAAUAUACCAGUGCUCAGCACAUAACAAGUUGGGUAGAUCUCUGUCUAAAAAAGUUCAAAUGAUCAAAGCGAUCAACGAACCAUUUCCAUCAGUGACAGUUCCGAAAAGAGUAAAUGUGGUCAUCGGAAACUCUGUAACAUUAACUUGCAAUCCCCCUCUUAGUAUACCUAAAGCUAUUGUGUACUGGACUGACACCAAUGAUCCAUCGAGUGCAGGAUCGAGGAUUAAACUGGAUGAUCGUGUGGUCAUGGACUAUUCUGGGAAUCUACACUUUGCCAAUGUGAUACCAUCAGACAACAGGAGUGGCGAACCCUAUGUGUGUAACGCCUGGCAGAAAAGUGUAUUCCGAUCCUUCCUUCAGGGAGACGACAAAAUCAUACAGACCAAAGGAUCCAUGGGCAAAUUUCCUGUGAGUGUGAUGUGGAAUUCCAACAAAACAGUGACUGGUCUCCUCGGUGAAACAGCAAAGUUCAUGUGUAUAUUUGCUGGAAAUCCCACUCCAAACAUUACCUGGAAACACAGAGGCAUCCCUCUAGCUAAGACUGGACAUGAGCUUGUCAUCAAAAACCUCAAAUAUAGCGACCAGGGGGACUACGAGUGUAAAGGACAGAACAAACUCUCCAAGGGCAUCACAGUCACGUUUUCCCUUACGGUCCAGUCCAAGCCAUCGUGGGCAACAGCUCCAGUGAAUCAGGAUGUUGGAGUGACUGAAGAUGCAACAUUCCAGUGUAUACCCCAGGGUCUACCCAAACCUACUGUCCAGUGGUUCAUCAACGGCAAACCUAUAAGCGAAGUACCAGCCACUCGGCGGACUCUAGCUAACGACGUACUGACAUUCCAAAAUCUAGAAAAACAAGAUUCCCAGGUCAUACAGUGCCUAGCAACCAACAAACAUGGCACUUUAUGGGCAGAUGUUUACCUUAAUGUCCUCGCAUAUGGACCAGAAAUCACCAGUGGCCCUGGUCAGCUGACCGUCGCUGAACGCCAGUCUGUGACGCUAACGUGUGAAAAUGAUGGAAAGCCACAACCUGAGUUAACUUGGAAAAAGGGUGCACAAAUUUUACGGGGGAGCCGGUACACACAGACUGGGUCAUCCAUCACCAUCGCAGAUGUUUUGAGUGCUGACGGUGGCACCUACACCUGUACAGCUUCCAACGUGUACGACAAAAAAUCUAGCACAGGCUCUCUGACCGUGCGAAAGAGAACACGUAUCAUGUCAUCACCUCAGGAUAAAAAUGUCACCUAUCCAAGUCCGGUGAUCUUCAAGUGCAAUGCCAUCACAGACAGCGCCGAGACCGAUAAUCUUAAAAUCAAUUGGCUGAAAGACGGUGUUCCUUUGGACACAAAUGACCCGAACAUUGAAAUGAUGUCGGAUGGAUUCAAAAUCAAAAAAACUUCUAGUGCUUAUACCGCUAACUACACCUGCUGGGCACAUAAUGGCAUAGACGAGGCCAAGGCUGUGGCAGAACUCAAAGUCCGAGCUCCUCCAGAUCCAUCCAGCGAAAUCUACAUUCUUAACUGCGACGCCCGGAGUGUAUCACUGCGCUGGGAAAAGUCUAGGGACAACUUCUCUCCAAUACAACGCUAUGUGGUCGAAAAACACAACGGAUUCAACCCAGGCCAAUGGGCUUUUCUGGCUGAAACUGAAGGAACUGUGACAGAGGUAGAAGCUGAACUUUCUGCCUGGGUGAAUUACACAUUCAGGGUGAAGGCGUUCAAUGAUUUCGGGGAAGGGCUGCCAUCUAAUCCGACCGGAACGGUGUGUAGAACACAAAAAGCAUCUCCUGACAAACACCCAGAAAAUGUUAACAUCAUCGACAACAAACCGAACUUCCUCAUCAUCGAAUGGGAUGCCAUGGAGCCAACCCUUCACAAUGCACCAGGUUUCUUUUACAAGCUGACCGCCAGAAACAUAAAUACAGGCAAACAGCAUACGUUUGUCAUCGACGACUAUAUGGAGACGAGGAAGGAAAUUCAGACAAAUGACAUCUACGAGGAGUAUGAAAUCUAUGUGAUGGCCUUCAAUGAAAUAGGCAAGGCAGUAACUCCACCUCUGACCAACAUAGGACACUCCGGAAUGUCAGCGCCUAAUGUGGUUCCUGCAAACUUUGAGGUUGAUCCUGACGUAAACAUUACUUAUGAAGAGGCAGGAUUCCGUUGGGAUCCAGUCGACGAAAGCCCUGAGGCGAUGCAGGGCAAAUUCGAAGGCUAUAAGAUUCGAUACUGGACACUUGAUAACCCAGACAAGAUGUUUGAGGUCAUUGUCCGUAAAGAAUUCCUGCAUGGGAGUCGAAAUCGGCGAACAACAUUCAAAGAAACAGCGAGAGUGAAGAAUCUUCCAGCAUAUACAUCCCUACAGCUGGACGUUGUUGCCAUCAACACAUACUUUGAGUCUAACAGCAGCAACGUACUCAACCUUUCGACACCAGAGGGCGUGCCCGACAAAGUCCAACGUCUGCGAGCCACUAGUCGCGGUGUUGUGUACAUCAAACUCUCCUGGGAGGAACCAGAACACCCAAAUGGCAAAAUCACAGGCUACGAAGUCUCGUAUGAAGAAAUACAUGGCCUGACUGUGGGGAAUUCUGUCAUAGCAAACGACACCAUCCUCGAGUUAAACGGUGGAUUUAUCACGCGAGUCAAUGGACUAAAUGAAAAUACACAAUACAGAAUGCACGUUCAGGCAAAAACAGGCACAGGUCUUGGGGAAGACAUGUUCAUUGACGUAAUGACUGCAAUUCCUGGUGAUCCUGCUAUGCCUCAGAUUGAUAGGAUCACACCUCACUUUGACGCGAUCAAUGUGUCAUGGACAAUCAAUGCAAACCAUGACCGAGCCGGCUAUAAUCACUAUGUGGAAUACCGUCGCCAAGGAAACCACAAGUGGAGCGAGAUGACGGGAGAACUGAUGAAAUCUUGGCAGAUGGUUCCAAAUCUCACAUCUGGUGUUACCUACGAGGUCCAAGUCGUAGCAACCAGUGGACAGGAAAUCAAGCGGAGCAGUGUCCACACUGUUGCCACACUUGGGGCACAAGUUGCCUACACCGAGAAGGUAUAUGAGAGCCUAUGGUUUAUCAUCAUGCUGGUCGCCUUAGCUCUCCUCAUCAUCAUCUUUAUCAUUGUGUGCCUUGUCAAACGGAGCCGAGGGGACAAAUAUCAUGUACAAGAAAAUGAAAGGCUUAAAGGAAUACCACCAGAGGAUAAGAAAUCUGCACAUGUUAAUGAUUUUAAUGAGAACGGUGAGAAGCAGCCUCUAGCCGGUGGAUCUGACCCUGACCUUGAGAAAGCUGGCCUUGACAGUGAACAGGACAGUUUAGAAGAAUAUGGAGAUGUUGACCCUAGUCGUUUUAAUGAGGAUGGGUCAUUCAUAGGACAAUACGGAGCACAGAAUGUCUCCACUGCAGACGAAACUCAACCGUCAGCCAUGCACACAUUUGUUUGAUUCUUUUAGAUUCGUAGCUUUGUAGCAACAAAUACAAGCAAAUACUGUAUUGUCAUAGGAAUCAGGCCAAGCAAUUAAUGUUGCCAUAGCAACAGGUGAAAGCAAAUAAUGUGUUGCCAUAGCAACAAGGACAAGCAAAUAUUUCACUGUCAUGGCAACAAGGAAUAGCAAAUACUGUAUCGCCAUGGCAACAAGGCCAAGCAAAUCAUGUGCAAAUACUCUUAUCAGAGCAUUUAAUGCCAAGCAUUCCAACUGAAUUUCAUAGUAAUAAAAUACUGUGUGAUGUCGUAGCUACAAGGCCAUGAACUACAGUGGAGUUCAUUGUAUCAAAAUACUUUUGUGUUCACUUACACUUAAUAUAUAUUGAUGUCACGGAUACUUGGAAACGCUUAAGUGUGUCUAGUCAAUACGAUGAAAAACAUGAAUCUCUGGUCAUGGGUUGUUCUCUAGAAUAUAUCGACUGCUUGUGAUACUGUUUUUGACGUGCAAUUUUGUCAUUCGUCACACGAUUCCUGGUUACCAUGGAUACAUGCAUCAUCUCGCAUUUUGUCAUCUUCAGCCAAAGCCUUCUUUAGUGUCACUGUUGGCACGGAGUCCUGAAUACAGUGCUCAGAGAUUUUGUGACAAGUCUCGUACUAUAUAUAUAUAUAACGUAAAGUUACUAAACAAAUGAAAGUCACAGAAUCCUGGAGUGAACUUCAAAUCGGUGUUGUCUUGUGGGAAAGUUCUCUGACAAAAGUCCCAGUAUUGAUGUUUUCGCUUACAAAAAUAUUUAUGCAUAAAUGUUGAUUUGUUAAGUAACAUACGUGAUUGAGUCAAUCUGCAGCAGCGUGUUUGUGUACCAUUGAAUCUACAAUAUGAUGAUCUAUAUAUAUAUAUAUAUAUAGGAACAAUAGAAUUUCUUUGACUGUGAAUUUUAUUUAAUUUUCUUAUUUAUUUAUUAAUGACCGAAGUAUGAUGAUAGUUUCUCUAUGGGUGAGUGUGACCACCAAAGGCUGGUGAUAUUGCAACACUGCUUUACAUGCAUUGAGAAUGCCUGCAACACUGUCCUUUUUUUUCUAGUGCAAUAUACAUAAUAUCCGAAUUCCACAUGGAUUGGUGGUGAUCCACAAGUAGUGGAUUCAAGUAAUCUCCAGGAGAAGUGUAUUUCAGUGAUCCACAUGUUGUGGAUUCUAGUGAUCCACAGGAAGUGGAUUCUGGUGAUUCACAAGUAGAGGGUUCUUGUAAUCCACAAGAAGUGGAUUCUAGUGAUCCACAAGUAGAGGGCUCCUGUAAUCCACAGGAAGUGGAUACUCGUGAUCCACAAGUAGAGGGUUCCUGUAAUCCACAGGAAGUGGAUACUCGUGAUCCACAAGUAGAGGGUUCUUGUAAUCCACAGGAAUCGGAUACUCGUGAUCCACAAGUAGAGGGUUCUUGUAAUCCACAGGAAGCGGAUACUCGUGAUCCACAAGUAGAGGGUUCUUGUAAUCCACAGGAAGUGGAUACUCGUGAUCCACAAGUAGAGGGUUCUUGUAAUCCACAGGAAGUGGAUACUAGUGAUCCACAAGUAGAGGGUUCUUGUAAUCCACCAGCAGAGGGUUCUUGUAAUCCACAAGAAGUGGAUUCUUAUGAGUUAAUCUGCAAGUAGUUGAUCACAGAUUGAAUAAUAUCAAUUAUUUGAUGAAGUUUGUCCAUAAAUUGUAUGUCCAUGUAUUUAUAAAGCCAUGAUCAUUUACAGUGCUUAUAUUGUAGAAUGAGAGGGUGUGAGUGUGAGUCAGAAUUAUUGAAUUGUUACCAAUAUAGAAUUUACUGCUGCAGAUGAUACAGUUUCCAUUCCUUCAUGUAUUUCCUAUGAAAUAAUUAUUUGGAUGUUAUAACAUGUAUAUUACAAUGUUUAGUGAUAGGUUGAAAGCCAGACAUGUUUGUUACCAAAAACCACAAGCCAUGUCACCGUGGUAACGUGUUACCAUGGUAGCUUAAAAUGUCACCUAGUAAUGUCGGAGAUUUCAUAGCUGCCUUACAUGUCCAAGCCGAUUCUGUUGACAUUCGAAACUUCAGAAAUUCUGCACUGCUAUGUUAGUAAACAAAUAUACAGAUGAAUCAUCGGGAAGCAAAUUCAGAUUAGUCAAAACCUGAAAAUGUUUGAGAAAGAAAUGCAAGAGCAAAAAUGUGGCAAUGAGAUGAAUGUUAUUGUAUUGUAUUGUUGAACGGCCCAUUGACAGUUUGAGUCAUUUAGGCCAAAGAUGAAUUGUACAUGUUUGUGUGAGAACAUGGCCAACGCCAUGAGUAAUGGAAAGUCUUCUUUUUUUUCUUUGAGGAACAAAAGUUCUUUUGUGAAAUAUUAAGUUUGAAAACUCUUUGUUACUGAGAUAUGAAGAAUUAUGUGGCAAUACAAAAUAGUAAAUUCAUUUGGUGGUGAAAUCUCAAGCAAGCAAUACAGUGUGUAUAUCUAGUCCAGUUGGUAAUGCUUGUAGACCCCCUCCCCGCCUCCCCUCAAUCCGAGAAGUUCCACUAAUGCAUUAUGGGAACAUGAGUCCACAUUCAACUGACUAUCCAAUCAAAAGGCUCACAUAUAUACAUUCACAUUGGAGAAUUAGAUUUUGAUGAACAAAAAGAAAAAAAGAUCUGCGUUUGUGAUAUUUUAUACUCACCAAAAUCUCAUUCCAUUUCCAUAUCUUAGCAUAGACUGAUGCAGCAUUUCAACCAGGGACCAAGACAGAUCAAGCAAAAAUUAUGUACUGUAUAUAAUACACUCGUCAUGGUGAAAAAGUGUUGUUGUUACACACUAGCUUAGGACACAGUAUAGAUUUAACAUUAGUGUUUAACAUAUAGUAAUACAGGGUUUCGACUUUGUUAAAUUAAGUUACUGUUUAAAAACACAAUCACUAACUGUACAAAAACAAAUUUACUACUGUAUAAAAAACAAUUAAGUUACUGUUUAAAAACAAUCAGUUACUGUAAAGAAAAAACAAAAAAAAAACUCAAUUACUAUAUCAAAAACCAUUAAGUUACAUAUAUAAAAAAAUCAGUAGUUAUUGUAGGAAAUUUAACAAAAACAAAAAAUUAUAAAACAAGUGUAAAACUUAAAAUCGUAACUUCAACACAUGUACACAAACCAUUAACUUCUCUAUGUUGUUAAGCACACACAGUAUACUGUAUGGAGUAUAUUGAAUGGAUUAACACUCAUUUGACUCGUCUAUUAUCCAUUUUUGUCAGACUUUAUUAAAAUCUUGUGUCAUUUGGCAGAAAAGAAUAUAGCUAUAGUUCUUCUGUGUCCAUUUAUCUGUAUAGAAUAUAUAGACGUUGUUUUUGCAUGAAUAAAAAUCCAGAUUUUUGCGGUAAAUUUUAAACUCAUAUUUCAACUGUUUUGAUUGAACUGUUUUGCAUGGCCCUAUAGCUAGAAUUCAUUUGAUACAUUCAGAAAAUAUUUUUACUUCAGAAAAACCCAAAGAUUGAGGCCAGUCAUUCAUCAUCUUAAUAAUAAUAUAAUUCAAAACAAUUGUAGGUUUAAAACUUGCAUUUAUAAUGAUUUCAUAAAGCUACCUAUCAAUUAUAUAUAAUUGUAAUAUAAUUUAUAAUAUAUAAUUUAUAUAGUUUAUAUAUAAUUUUCAUGUUCAUUAUAUCUAUUUUUUCAUGUUUUUAUUCUAUUCUUGAAAACAAGGAAAGAGGACCCGACGGUUUUAAUAAAAGGGAAAUACGCCUGUUGCAUUGUAGUCUGUCGAGAAGUGAAGAAUAAUAGAGAUCACACCAAUUGAUGUUCAAUAUAUAUACUAUAUUGUAUACCAUCCAAGUUAGCUUUUCCAUUCUAGUCAUUUGAUAGCUACAGUAUUCAAUGUUUUGCAUUUUUUAUUUAGUACAAAGGAAAAACGGAGAAAUCCCUCAACAUCGGGAUAAAAUUGUCGUAUAUGUGUACGUUUUUUUUUAAUGUAAAACGUUUGUGCGGUAACCACUAUUUACAACUCGAACAUGUGUUAUGAUAUUCUUUUUAUUAUGAAGACUCUGCUGUACAAAAUUUGACGUAAAUAAAUAUAUGUAAAUCUUGUGUCAUAUGACGUUAUGGGUGUAAAUAUGCGAGAUAUGAUGUGUGCUCUGAUAUUUUUAUAUAUGUGAUCUGAGUGACUAGGAAGCUUGGGUGUGGUUUUGUUUAUUAUCCGUAAAAGUAAAAAUACGUUCAAAACAACUUUAAUAAGGUUAAAGAUCGGCGUCAUCAGGGUUUUUUUUGUUUUUUUUUGAGGAUGCAUCAAGGAAACAAAAGGUAAACUUACACAUCAGUUUUUAUGAAAUUUAUAACGGUAAAAGACCAAAAUUACAUGACGACCUAACAUUGAUGAUUGACGAAAUUUCUAUAACACGUAACUUACCUGUACAUUGAUUUCAAUAAAUUAUUAAAUGUUCCACGUUCUGUCUUGAAAGAAGGUCAAGACCAUUAGAUUUGGAAAAUGCCUUUUUAAUGCUCGAUAAAACGGCCAAAACUAUUCGCAGUAAUACUAAAUACCUACCGAGUACCACAACCUCCAUUUUAUGUACAAUGCAUCACUAGCGACACUAGAAACCUACAAAUGUAUCGUCACCUUGUUUAUUUUGUGCAAUAUUUAUUUUUAUCGAGAAGGAAGAAAACAAUUUAAUGUGUGUACUCUCAUAAUGUAUUUGAAUGAAAGAAAGUAUGUCUCGGUAAAAACUGAGGAGUCCUGUUAGCGAGUUUACUAUACACUGGGAUGUAUACGUCCUGGGAUUCGCUUUCAUCGUACGUGUAUUAGCAGCGCUGAUAGUAUUCCGUGUCAUGUAUAUCAUUGUGAAAAAAAAAAUCCACCUUUUUUAAAAUUCCAUUAGUAUUUAAUCUUACCGCUACAGAACUCAUGUUUACUGUGAUCAGAGUCACAGAUUCAAGCUCAUUAAGCUACCAGACUGGUACUGCUAAUUACCCUCACUUUACCUCUCGUCAAUGAACCAACCUUAGCAUAUUUAUUUGUAUCGUCCGGUUCCAUUAGAAAGCGGUAGAUUUUCAAGAAACUUCCACUUUAGCAAGUCUAGGAACCGACUCUGUGUGAAAUUAACAUAAUUUUUUGUUUAAAUUAAAGUGGGGAAAUCCCACAAGAACCAACGUCCAUUCAGUGUAGUUUAGGAAAAAGUUCAUCUUCUAGGUCUCAGUAUGAAGUGUUUUAAUACUUGAUAUUAAGAAAAGGAAAUCCAAUAUACUGUAGUUGUACACAAAGUUUUUUUUCACAAUGGUGGCAGUCUUUUGUACAUUGAUUGACACCUGUCAAUCUUGUAAAGAAGUUCCAGAUGAUAUUAGUGAUUUUGAAUCUCCCACAUAUUUCUAUCAGCGUUUUAAUUUUACUGCGAUGUAAACAACACAUAUCACUAUGACAACAAUAAUGGUCUACCCACUCCGUAGGUUUUAUGAUAUUAAGCAAAUGUUGAUGUAGCUCUUAGAAAAGUGCAUCAAACUUUCUCCUUCGGACCAGAUGACCAAUAUAAUCAGUGCAGGUCACUACUCUGGUGGUCAGUUGUACUCUGUCCAGUGUAUUCCAAUACUACUAUUUCCACUGACCGCUGUAUUCCAGUGCAGGUGGUCAGUUUCCCAACUGACCAGUGUUGGGGUAUAAGACUUAUUCAAGUACACCUUGGUAUUACCCUUUAAGUAAACUCAGUGGACCUGUGUAGAUUUAAAUCUCUUCUCAAGAUGAAAAAUAUAAUUACCUGGUAUAAAUAAAAUCUGUUAUAGAAAUUUAAUUAUCAAGCCAAUGUUGCUACAAUAAGUUGAUACAAGUAAAAUUAGGUUCCGAAUUCUGGUUUUGAAUUAUGAUAAAUGUGUAUAUAAUGAUCUACCAAAUUUAGACACUUAAAACAAGGAAAGUCACUUGAUUCAUUAGAGACUGCCCUGGCCCGUACUAGGCAGGUAAUGUGACGAGGAACUGUCAAAAAAAAAAUGUCAUGUGACUUUGGAGCUCAUUAAUAAAUCGAAGAUCAUGCGACUUUCAGCUUACACCUUGGUUGUAACUUGUAUGUAUAUAUAUAUAUGUGUUGGCACCUUAAUGAGUUCUGAUGAGAGGUUCAACUUCCUUCGUCAAGCAUAUAUCCGACAAAGCCUAUAAUUCCGAGGUAAUUUGUGUUUCAGCGAUUCCAUAAACAACUGCCACUCGUAUCUUUUAACAUCGGUCUCUAUCCUCGAUGACUAUUUGUACUCAUUUGUCAUGUCUGUUUACAUUGUAAAAAUAAAGUUACAAAGAAAAAAUA